GAAGAAGAGCAAAAGGAAAAGAAAACAAAAGUCCCCCUGGGUUUAUUUCCCUCAUGGUCCUGUCAUGCCAGCUAAAAAGCGACAAAAUGAUUCAGAAACAGGCAAAAAGAACAAAAAAGAGAAAAGAGGUGAGCUCGCGGCGAUAAACGCGGACUUGAAGGAAGACUCUGUCCUGAAGAGUAUGAGAGACGCCUGGCAGAAGAAACGGAGCUUCUCUAAUGGUUGUGUCCAACUGGAUUGUGAGCCCUUUCCUCACUGUCAGAUCACAGACUUCCUGCAGAGUCCGAGUUUUGUGGAGGGUCUGCAAGCUGAGCUCCUGCAGCUGAACUUCAACAGCAAGUCCAAUGAUUUGUACAAGUUUCAACAGUCAGAUGAUCUGAAAGAAAGAAAAGAGCAUCAUAUCUCACAAAUACGGUCAAUCAUUUUCGGGGAGUUUCGCGUGUGGUUGUCAGAAGUGCUGCAGGUGGAUCUGGAGGCGACUGUGGACAUAUCCUGUGCCAAAUAUGAGCAUACGGAUGUUUUGCUGUGUCAUGAUGAUGAGCUGGAGGGGCGAAGAGUCGCAUUUAUCCUUUAUCUGGUUCCUCCCUGGGAAUGUAAAGAUGGAGGGACCCUCGACCUGUUCAACACUGACGAACAUUGUCAGCCAAUGAGUGUUGUCAAGUCUCUGCUUCCUUGCUGCAACAGUCUGGUGUUUUUUGAAGUCUCUCCUGUCUCCUUCCAUCAGGUGGCGGAGGUGCUUUCAGAGGAGAAGUGUCGUUUAUCUCUGAGCGGCUGGUUUCAUGGCCCUUCCUUACCAAGACCCUCACGCUACAUUGAGCCCUCAGCUCCCCGACACGCUCACAUCCCCAGAGACGAGACUUUGCUUUUCGAAUGGGUGAACGAGAUGUACCUGGAUCCUCGCUAUCAGGCGCGGGUACAACAGGAAUUCGAGGACAGUUCAGAGAUUUGCUUGCCUAGUUUCUUACAGGAGGAGAAACUGAGGCAGGUGCGCAGCGCACUGCAGUCCUCUGAGAUCCAGUGGGAGAAGAGAGGGCCGCCAAAUAAGAGGUGUUAUAGCUGUGCAGAUCUGCAGAGCAUCCCGUCUUGUGUUCAGGAGUGCUGGGAACUCCUCUCGUCUGAGGCAUUCUUCAUCCUCUUAUCUAACCUGACCGGCCUCAGUCUGCACUAUCUGUGCACCAACGAGGAUGACGGCGAGAAUGAAGAGGGAAAGAGCGAGACGGAGAAUAGAGACACAGAGGGAGAUGCUCAAGCUGGGGGCUCCAGCACUGAAGCUGAUGCUUCCUCACGUGAGAACAAGAAAGACAAAGGACCUCCUAGUUGUGUUGGAGAAGUGCGUCGCUGGGCGCAUGGGGACUAUACACUGCUGCAUGACUCCGUCAAAAGAGAGUAUGCAUUAGAUCUGCAGCUCCACAUGGGCUGUGCGGGGUGGAAGGCAGAGUUUGGAGGAUUUACAUCCUAUAUUGCUCAUGAUGAAGAUGAGGAGCUCUUGACAGUGUACCCUGAAGAUAAUUCCCUCGCUCUGGUCUACAGAGACAAAGACACCCUCAAGUUCAUCAAACAUAUCAACAACAGCAGCACCAGCCACACCACAGCCUUUUAUGACUUCUCUUUCAACUACUUCGAAUCAUGAGAGAGAACCAAAUUGGCUGACUGGCCAUAUGCGAGCUUGUGAAAGGAACAUGCGUUGACCAUACAUUUCUGGAACACAGUGAGCUCAUUAUACACACAAACAAACAAAAACAAGGCACUUUCAUUUUUCAAUAUUUAAGGUGUUCACCUCCAAGCACAAAAAUACAUUGUCAAAUCUGCUCAUAAUGAAAUGUAAUCAUUUGGUUGUAAAAAAAACACCAUCUGUUCUCUUGCAGUAUGUCAAUAAAUGUUAAAGAAUGAACACUUCAUGACAUUAUUUCAUAGGGUCU